AUGCUGGCUGACAGUACCGCGCAGAGGGUGUUUAACCGCCACUCGGGCGCGUUCCGGAUCGGCCAUCGCUCGUACAUACAGCAGUUUGCCAAGUUCUACUCCGUGCGCCUCGACGCGCUCAAGCCGCUGGUGCUGGCCAGCGCGCAAAAGAAAUGGUCGUCGCGGGCCUCGUGCACAGCCAAAGUCCUGAACGUCGAAAGGUCACAGCUGACAUAUAUUGCUGGCACAGUGUUUAUCGAGUCUGCUGGCAAGCCCAGCACUCUAGUGACAGAGGUGCGCAGCGCCGAGUCGCAGGUGCUGCUGGAGGACGAGUCGGGGAGGAUCCAGCUUGUGGGCAAGUUUGUCGACGGGUCGGUGUUUGUGUCGGGCACUGUGAUGGCAGCGCUGGGACGGGAAACGAGCGGCGGCGAGUUUGAGGUCAUUGAUGUGUGCUAUGCUGGCAUGCCGCCGCAGCCGCCACGGACCGGAAAUCAGACAAGGUCGUGGCAUUCGUAUCUGGCCUCAAUGUCCACUAGUGAGCAGCCAGUGACGCUGGAAAUGCAGGCUCUGGCCGAGUAUCUGUGCGGAUGCGCGGGGUCCAGCGAGACGCAGGAGAACGUGUCGAGAAUUGCGCAGGUUGUGGUUGCAGGCAAUCUAGUUGACAUGCCGCCGGCGCCCGUAGGCCAUGCCGAAGACAGCAAGGCAAAUGACCGCGCGCCGAUGCAGCAGCUGGUGGGUCAGCUUGACGAGUACCUGGCCGACAUUGCCGCCAGCGUGCCCCUGACGCUUAUGCCCGGCAAGCACGAUCCGACAGAUUUGGCGCUGCCGCAGCAGCCCGUCCACCCAAGCAUGUUCCCCAAGUCUCUGCAGUACUCGACAUUCCGGUCUAUCACCAACCCCGGAUGGCUGCAUGUCGAUGGCAUCAGUAUGUUGGGCACAGGCGGUCAGAACAUCGACGACAUCGCACAGUAUGCACUGAACGAUGUGACAAAAUGCCAGAUGGCCGCCAAAUCGCUGAGCUGGCGACACAUUGCGCCGUCAGCACCCGAUACGCUGUGGUGCUACCCGUUUACUGACUCUGACCCGUUUAUUCUCACCGAGACUCCGCACGUGUAUUUUGCUGGCAGUCAGGACGAGUUCGAGGCCAAGAUCGCCGAAGGGAGGGAGGGACAGAAGACAGUGGUGGUCAUGGUGCCUGACUUCUCGAAGACUGCGGAGAUUGUGCUGCUCAACCUGGCCACGCUGCAGUGCACGACUGUGCAGUUCUCGGUCGGUGUCUGA